AUGUGUUUAGGAAAAGCAAACAACAAACGAUGGUUUGUUAGAUAUUGUUGCACUUUGUUUUGCGAAAAUAUUUCCAACAGUGUGUUGGCAGCUCAGCGAGGACGUCUCAUCGUACCUGUUUCAUAUGUUGCGCAAUCCGCCGAUUUACAAAUCCAACUUGUCUCGUAUGGGAGUCUCACGAAAUACGAUCAGGAUUUGCGUUUGCAAAUCUCUCGUAUGGAGCCAAGCGGCAGAAUAACAGUAGGCGUCAUCGAUGUGUUUCCCGAUCCGUUUCUCAAUGUCACGCAAAUCACGAUAUCUUGUCAAUAUUUCAUUCGAGGCGGCACUUAUGAGUUAGAAAUUGUAGGUAAUGAUAUAAAUAGCACGUUAGACAAUCGCAGCACCGACCGUUUACGGCAAUAUUUGGAUGUGAGAUGGCCCGUUGCGAAUAUGAUGGCGACGAAAAACACAAUUGCUACAUAUCCGGGGCAUUCGGUUAAAGUUCAUUUGGAAUUUGAGGGCGUCGAAUGUCAACGCAUCGAUCCAACGAUAGCUGGUUUGCCCGAAUUUUGGUUGGAGCUUGUCUACUGUGGGCAAGAAACAAUGUGCGACAGUGCAAAUGUCACAACAAAAUCACAAAUUUUAUACACAGAACCGCUUCGGGGACUUGUUGCAAGCAAAAUCAUCGAACUGGGAUGCGAAUUAUUUGGUCUUGCCGGAAAUUACAUCUUUCAGUUGAAACCAAUUAACCCAACGCCGAGUUACGUGAAAGCAGCUGUCAUGAUUCGUGCGGAUUGGAGCGAAAAAUUCGUAUUUAACGUGCAUGCGAGAAGCAUUUUUCCGUGUGAACCGCAUAGCGGAGGCAUUGGCGUGUUGUUUGAAUAUCCUUCGUGCAUUUUGGAUCAAUCCGAUCGAAUUCGACUGUACGCAAAAUUGAGAGCUGAUGUUGCUUCUCUUUCGCCGCCAACGUCGUUGCAUUAUAUAACGGAGCAAAGAGUCAUCAAAGGACAGCACUCGUUGCACUUUGAUUGUGAGUUUUUCACGGAAAAGUACAUCGAAUAUUGCUUCGUUUACGUCAGUCAAGCGAUAAGCGGAGCUGUUGCUGACGUUCGAAUGGAUUGCGUUCCAACGUUGCCCGUAUCAGAUUCAGAUACCGGCGGAUGGAGUCCAUUCAGCAACUGGAGUGCAUGUUCAACAAAUUGCGGCAAAGGUGUUCGUUAUCGCUAUCGCUUUUGUGAUUCUCCGCCGCCGAGAUAUGGUGCCAAAUUUUGCGAGGGACCAUCUGUUGAGACAGAAGUGUGUUAUGGCAGUAAAAAUCAGGAUAGUUGGGAAUGUUUGUACGGCGAAUACGAUAAAGUAUUGCCUGCUGAUCGAACGGAUGUUAUGGCAGAAAUUGGUCCUGCUUGUCGCUGUGGAUGCAUAAUUCAUGUUGGAGCAGUCAAACCAAAACGUGUCGUUGCUUCAUCAGCUCAAGCCUGUCCCGGAAGAACUUUUUGGUUAAUUCAAGCAGAAGAUGGGCAUCACAUUCAAUUCAAGCUGGAUUUCUUCCGACUCCCGUGCUCGAAUCAAUAUUUGCGCGUUCGUGAUGGCGACACGUUGCAAGCUGAUUUAAUCGGACGAUAUGUCGGCGGCAUGGAAAAUAAAUUGGAUGUGCUCGAGUCAAGUGCAUCACAAAUUUUAAUUGAAUUUUUUUCGGAAGACUUAUCGCAUACGGAUCACGGAUUGUGUGGCGGCGGAUUUUUGGGUCAUGCAACGCAAAUCAAAGCAACAUCCAUUGCGAAUAUUACCAUCUCAGCCGUCAUUAAAAAUUCAAUUCAAUCUCAUAAAAUAAAAAUAAUUGAUUUUAAACUUACGUUAGCGCAUAUUGCUGCCAUUGUGUUCGUGUGUUUCAUCAGUUUAAUUAGUCUCCUGUUGGGCAUUCAAUACAUUUUCCGAUAUCAUAAAUAUGAGAAAACGAGCAGAGAACCCGAUUCGCCGGCACAUACUCCAACAAAUUCACAUCCCGCAUCACGAGCCAUGUCGACAACGACACUUUUAUCCGAAGUUGUUGCUAUGGUCAAAUUACGCCCGAAACCGAGUGUGAAACAUGCAAGAUUGCGAGAGAGUGUAGAUGUCGACAAUUUAGAAAAUCAAGAUUCACAAGAAAUGGAAGUUUUAAAAUCUCCAAGCUCAUCAACUUUAAAAGCAACAACGUCGCAUGAUGACUUGAACUCCAAAGUGAAUAUCAGUAAAACAUUCAAACUCGUCAAUAAACGUUUGGAAAAACUUGGAUUGAGUCCUCAGAAUGAAACAGCAAGUUUACCUGAGUUGCCUAUUGAAACGCCGCUUCUGAGGAAAAAGAAUGUAGAUUUAACGUUACCUGAAAGCGGAAAAAGUGUCGGAAAUUUAGAGUCAAGCUUAAAGGGAAAAGCAGGAAAAAGUUCAACUCCAUCGCCGAAUGAGAGAGAUUCCUUUGCGAGUGACGAUACAGAGAAAAAAGACGAAGAACGAAGUAUUACGACAUCGACAUCCAUGGGAAGUAAUUCAACUUUAACGAAUGGAUGUUAUUCUCCUGCAUUUAACAUGAGUAAUGGAAGAGUCGUAAUUCGUACGAGCAACAUAAAAGAAAGUAAAGAGAAGAAAAAUCGUGAAAAAUUGAUGGCAACUACAGGAUCAGAAUUUUCAUUGUCAAAUCCAGAAGAACUCGAAAUGGAUUAUUACGAUUAUAAUGUCAUAAAUUCAGCUGCUGCUCCCGGAAGUUAUUUGGGAAUGGAUCCUGCUUUUCUCGUUUGGAUCCCUCCGAUCGACGAAGGCAAUAUAAUUAACGAAAUGGAUGCUAACGAGCCUCAUUACGAAGAAAUUAUUGAAAGACCAACAAAUCCAAAAACUCCUGAAGAAGAAGAUGACGACGAAGGAUCUCCGAAAGUUCCUCCAAAGCCUCCGCGUCGCAGUAUUACAAACACGCAUCAAACGAACCAAGAAAUCAAGGCACUUUUAUCAAAGUCACCCGAAAAACACGAAAGCGAAGACUCGAAAAAAGGAUCUUCCGGAGAAAGUAUUCAAAUGACAGAUUUGACGCCGAAACGACUUAUCAAAGAAAUCGAUGUGCAAAAGGAAACCGUAAUGAUAAAAGCAACAACAGACAAUCGCAUUGCCGAUUAUUACGGAUUGUCUGACAUUCAAUUUGCGGAUGAUGUUGACGAUAUGGAUGACGAAGUGCAGUACAUUGACGAAAAUAAAAGAGUUGAAGCGACAAGAAGUCGAUAUAAAGUGUAG